CGCCACCACCUACCCAACCCAAACCGAGGAUGAAAGUAAUACCAAAUAUUGUAUAGCGAGCAGAUCAUUGGAUGGGCGUUCAUAAAGACCAAUAGUACAGCCUGCAUCAGCCGCGAGACGAAAUCUAUAUUUUGCCAAAUUGUAAGACAGCAACUACAUAAACAUAUUGACGGAUCAUGAUCUAAUUAGUACCAUAAAGCUUUCUACCUCGGACCAUGGAAUAUUCUUUAUCACGAACCUCAGACGCUACUGGUAUCAUGGACAAUUGAGGUGGUUCGUUGCAUGAUAUAGUGAUGUUUUAAUUAGUGAGCUGUCGUGGGUGGGAUUGUGCUGCAGAAGAUCAAAGCCUAUGCUACUAGGUUUAUGGAUUCGGGCACUCACACAGGGAGGCCUGAUGGAAGCUGCGACACAUUUGGAUAUGGCACAGUAAACUUCGAGUAAAGGAUAGCUAUGAAUGCGCGAAUGAAAUUGUGUCGAUAUAUUGCAAUAAUAGAAUAAUAAUUGCUGUUUUUUUGUAAUGUGGUAUAUAGCAUAGUGACUAAGGGUGAGAUGUAAAGCGAAGCCUGCAGGAUUUUGAUAUCGGAGCUAACUAUAUAUUUCGCUGCUUUACUGGAAACGUAAACAUCCGGAUUAUCUUUGAUCUUUGACUUAAUAUAACGGUGAGAGUAGUUAACCAACUACAACUCAACAACACAGGACUAAUGCCUUCUCUUCCUUCUAUUUAAACGGAGAAUUACGUUUUAAUCUUAAAAAGAGGGCAAGUAGUGUGAGUUUGGGCUUUGCGCUCCUCAGGAAUCCUGUGUGUUGUGUGAUUGGCCAACAUCAACAUGCCAACCUCACGCUCCGGUGCCACCCCGGUGGAAUACUGGGUCGAUGGCUCGCGCCGAGAUGUCUCCAUGGAUGAAUUUUACACCAUGGGUCCAGAACUGGGAAGGGGGGCCACGUCAGUGGUGUUUCGCACGGAGGAGAAGAAGACACAGAAGCCCUAUGCUGCAAAGGUCCUCAAGAAGACUAUCGACAAGAAAAUAGUGCGGACUGAAAUUGGUGUCCUGCUGCGACUUUCCCACCCGAAUAUUAUCCGCCUGAAGGAGAUCUUUGAGACAGAGACAGACAUCGCCCUCAUCUUGGAGCUGGUGACUGGAGGGGAACUCUUUGACAGGAUCGUGGAGAGAGGCUACUACAGUGAGAGAGAUGCUGCCCAUGUAAUCAAGCAGAUUCUGGAGGCAGUGGCGUAUUUGCAUGAGAAUGGGGUGGUGCAUCGUGACCUGAAACCGGAAAACCUUCUCUACGCUGACCUCUCCUUGGACGCCCGGCUUAAGAUAGCUGACUUUGGCCUCUCGAAGAUAAUAGAUGAACAAGUGACCAUGAAGACGGUGUGUGGCACACCUGGAUACUGCGCUCCAGAGAUCCUCCGAGGCAAUGCCUAUGGUCCUGAAGUGGACAUGUGGUCAGUGGGAGUCAUCCUGUACAUCUUGCUGUGUGGGUUUGAACCCUUCUUCGAUCCGAGGGGAGACCAGUAUAUGUACAGCCGGAUCCUCAACUGCGACUAUGAGUUUGUCUCCCCCUGGUGGGAUGAGGUCUCCCUCAACGCUAAGGACUUGGUCAGUAAGCUGAUAGUGCAGGACCAUCACAAGAGGCUGACGGUGAAGGAGGCUCUGGAGCACCCCUGGGUACUGGGCAAGGCUGCCCGCUUCUCCCACAUGGACACCACUCAAAGGAAGCUACAGGAGUUCAACGCCCGGCGCAAACUCAAGGCUAUCAUGAAGGCCGUGGUGGCCACAAGCCGCAUGCACGAGGGCUCCCGGCGGCGCACGGACAGCUGCGAUAUUCCCGGAUCUGACAAGACCACCUCCAGGCAGGGCAGCAUGCAGCAGGACCCUCCCCCGGGUCAGGACCCCCAGGAGGGCCAGGCCAACCAGGGCACAGACACCACCCUGACCCAGGAUGAGGAGGACCAGUGCCCUCCGCCCCUGCCGCCACGCAAUCCCAGACCCAUCCCUCCUCUACUGUCUGGGGCUUCCUCCCCCACCUGUCUGCCCACCAGGCCCCCACUAAGGGGAAUUGAUGGACAGAGACAGAUGUCGGUCAUCCCCAAGACGGCGGUGGUACGGCCCAGGGUGCCCAAGAAGAGCUGCUCCUCGAUGGAUUCCGCCUCCACCAAGCGGGAGACCUCCUCCCCAGUCCAGACCAGUCCCCCAACCCCCAAGAGCCUUGGCAAUGGAUUCACCAUGGGGGUGGAGUCUGGCAGUAAAACAACCCAGUGUUAGUGAGUGGCAGGUACCAAAGAGAAAGAGGGUGGCGACACUCACCUAGGAGCUCCGACCGUUGUUCUAAGAUGGCUGAUGGCCGUUGUUGCUGUAGUGUGAGAUGGUAGAUGACAACACGGAGGAGGAAGGAUGGAGGAACGGAUGUCUUUGUUCAGAUCUCGCCUCAUAUCCGUUUUGAUCCGGGACAAAAGACUAGUGCUAUACAUAACUUGAUAUUUAUUUUUUUCCCUUGCUGUGCGCAACGAGUUUGGAGACUCGUACGAAUGUGCAAAUGAGCUUUUGACUUUGGUUUCAACUGUUGCCGACUUGCUGUAAACUUCUCUACUUUAAGGCCUCUCUGAACGAGACUUAUUGUUCUUCAAAUGCCACUUGAAAAGACAACUUGAUUUCAUACUUUGUAUACUCUACACCUUUCUACUAUUCAAUGUUGGAAUCUACUGACUUCAUAUGCAAAUACGUGGAUAUAUAUAUACUGUACAUAACCCUCCCUUUCUUGCAUAGCAUUCAGGUAGUAAAGAUAUUGUAUUUGUGAGCUUAUGAAUAUAGUUACGGUGUAUUUUGCAUUAAUUGUAAUGAUCCAAUGUUUGCACUGUAUAUUAUCAGAUUAAUCUAUAUAGAUCGCAAAAAAGCAUUCACACUGCUAGUCGUUUACUAUCUAAGUCAAAUUGCACUUUUAUUCCUUUGGAAAUAUAUAUAUGGCUGAACAGUGGAGCUUAAUUUGAGGCUGAAACCAAUUUCCUCAUUCAGUUGUUUACCCAAAAAGGGAUUGUAAAACCUCAUUCUGUGGUAGUUAUCUGAUGAAGGAACAUACAUGGUAAUCAUCUCAACAACCUCACUGGAGCUACCAGUCUCUCUACCUCCUUUUUUGUACAGGGGCUUCCAACCCAGUAGAAGCAAAAUCUGUAAAGAAAUGAUUAGAUGAGGUACUGUAUCAGGCGAAGCAGUCUCUUUCUGCAACAUUAGAAUGAUAUUGUCAGUGCCAGGUAAAAACCUGCGAGGUGAAUGUUUUCUCGAUGGAACUCAAAUAACUGAUCAAAUGGAAGUGUGUCAUUAAAAUAGUCCAUUUCUAAUUUAAGAGCCAACCUUCACCUGCUAACAUGUAUUCUCACUCGCUUUCAUUGCCAAAUUGGAUUAUAUUGCUGACAUGUUAACACAUGUAUAAACCAUACAUUUACACCUAUGAAAUGAUGUAUAAAGUAUGGAUAUUUUACUGAUAAUUAUUAUUGCUUACAAAUGCUUUAUUUGGGGAUUGGUGGGGAUGUAGUUAACAGUUGUGUUUGUUUUGUAGUUUCUCAGUUUCCCAUUUUUCAUUUCUAAAAAUAAAUGUACCCUACCUUUUAAUAUUUUUGGGGAAGAUGACAUAUUUAAGAAAACAUGAGAUGAUUUAACAUCAGUCAGAGGGAGAGUGUAGUGGAGGUGUACACUUCUAUACCUUUUGUAUGUUUCAUCAUAUCAAAAUAAUCUAAAUGAAUUGGAUUUGAUUAUUGUAUUCUACAGAAAUAUAUUUUAAAGAUGGUAGUUGCUGUGUGCUGAUAUAAAAGGAAUAAAACGUUGAUUUUCAAGUCCAAUUUUGCCUUGGGAGGGUUACAUCAGUUUUAUAACAAGCUGCUGAUAUGAGAAUCUCCUCCACACGUUUGA